UUUUUUCUGAUCUCGCAUCGAACGAUUAAUAAUAAUUAUUAAAUGUAUUAUUUCAGCGUUUUUCCUGCAGACAUGUACUAUUCAAGAAUUUGUAGGCUGAAUGAUAAAAUAAAUAAAUGAAUAAAAAAUAAAUAAAAGCGUCUUUGUUUUAAUUCCCUACCACAAUAAUGAAUAACAAUAAUAAUAGAGCUAUCUAUUCAUAUUCGCGACUCACUUGCGUGCAGUACCUACGUGUGAAAUCUUAACUCUCAUAUCAGCGAAAAUAUAAAAUGGCUGCUAGUUUGAAUGAAUUGAACAAAAUUGGGAAAUGUGAAACUAAACCGAAAUUAAAUCCCGAUGAGCUAAAGAUUGGUGAGAAAUACCCGAUUUGUGAUGUGAAAAAAGUUAAAGGAAAAUUUGGUGAUUGUGUCCUUGUGGAACUCGAAGAAGGUGUCAUAUUUUUACCAAAAAGGAUGGCAGAUAAUAUGUCCGAUGACUUGAUCGAAUCUAUCCAUGAGGACGUUCUUUGUUUGGCUUUGGUAUAUCAUGGCACCAAGGACACUGGAAAGAGCAACCCAGCGCAUCUCUACGAAAUCGUGCAGAUAUAAAACAGCUCGUAACAAUAUAAUUAUUAUCAAUUUAUAUUUAAUCAGCAUUAUUAGUGUUAGUACUUAGUGGUGUUUUUUUUUCACAAUGGAAUCAGCUACAACAGAAGUAAUCGAGAAAAUGAUCGAUUCUGUUACCAAAAUGAUGCAACUGUGUAACAACAACGUCCAGAAAUUAGAAAAAGUGUUAAAAUUGAAUCGAAAAAAUCUACGAAUCGUGAAUGGUGUAUUGCGAAAUUCUGACUGUGUUGGGGAAAAAAGAAGAUUGGAAAAUUAUUUAGCACGUAUCAAAGGAUUAAAUUUACAUAUCGAAUCAAAAAUCGAGAAUGAAAAAAUUGGAUACGGUAAUAGUAAAAAGAGAAGAAACAGUAAGGUUCGCUGGAUAGAGGUAAAAUCAGCUUUCGUCGGUCGCGUGAGAACAGGAGCAGUUGUUAAUUUAGAUGAGAAUCUUGUUGAUAUUCGUCGAUUUUUUCACGACGCCAGCCCGUUAAUUUUUUCAAGAAUCACAAAUAUUCUCAAAAAGAUGACAGCGAUUAAACUAAAUUUCGAGAUGUCUUGUGAAUACAUAAUUCCAUCGACAGGAGAAGUGUCCCUGAAGUAUUUCAACACACCCAACACUAUGAUUUUAUUAUCGACCGACAUUCAGAAAUCUAUUGACGAUUUAGCUGGAAUUAUUCAAACCAAAAUGGAAGAAUUCGCAGAAUCUAAAUCUGGAUGGAGUCUACGGAAAAUAUGUCAGCUAAUGGUUGCGUUCAACAAGUACACUCCAAUAAACGGCCGAAUCUACAUACCGUUGCCAACAGAAUUGAAAAAGAAAGGAGGCAUUAUUAAUAUAAUGAAUACUGAUCGUCUUUGUUUUGUAUGGUCGGUACUUGCAAGUCUUUAUCCCUGUAAAGAUAGUAAUUAUGAACGUACUGAUGCCUAUCCGCAGAACUAUCACGAUAUAUUAAAUUUACGUGGUGUACAAAUGCCUGUUCAGUUAUCAAGUAUUCCUAAAUUUGAAGCUCAAAAUUCUAACAUAUCAAUUAACGUGUUCACGGUCAAUGACAAAACGCAUGAAAUUGAAGGUCCUAUAUAUCAUACAAAAAAUGUAAAAAACCAUCACAUAAAUUUAUUAUAUUUAAAAAAGACUCGAUCCAAACAUGGCCAUUAUUGUCUUAUUAGCGACUUAAGUAAAGUUUGUGGAAGAAAUAUUUCGGCACAUAAAGCGAAAAUGUUCAUUUGCGAUAGAUGUUUAAAUCAUUUCUCCCUUAAAUCACAUUACGAGUCGCAUCAGCAGGAUUGUAAAUUAUUUUCUCCAGUUAAGAUUACUUUACCUGAUGAAUCUAGUGCUCAUUUAGAAUUUUCAAAUUACAAAGCGCUUCUUAAAAAAGGUUUUGUUAUUUAUGCAGAUUUUGAAUGUUUGUUAAUUAAAGGUAAUGAUCAUCCGAUGAAAUAUCGACAUAUACCUUACAGUGUAGCGUUCACGAGUGUCUGUUCUUUUGACAAUAGUUUAAAUACAUUCUUUAGUUAUAUUGCCAGUUCACCAAAUGAUCAAACACCGGCUUCUUGGUUCAUUGCAAAACUUCAGAAAGAAAUUAACAAAAUGACGCAAAUUCUACGCUCGCGAGAUUUGCCAAUGUUGCCCCUUUCGGACGAGGAAAAAUUAAAUUAUAAUUCGUCAAUGGAAUGUCCUAUCUGCGGUCGCGUUUAUUGCGAAACCAAUCCAAAAGUCCACCAUCAUGAUCAUCUUACAGGGAAAUAUAUAGCACCGUAUUGUCAAAAUUGUAAUUUACAGUGCAAAAAAGAUUAUAGUAUACCCGUUUUUUUACAUAAUCUUAGUGGGUAUGACGCUCAUCUUUUUAUUGAGGAAUUGGCUCGUAGUAAUUAUGUCAAUUUGGUACCAUUAAAUAUGGAAAAAUAUAUUGGAUUUUCGACUUAUUUCAAUCAAACUCGAGUUACAUUUUUAGAUUCAUACAGGUUUUUAUCUUCGUCCUUAGAUUCUCUUGUUAAAAAUCUAACUCCCGAUCAACUUUUAAUUACAAAGUCAUAUUUUUCUGAUGUAAAAAAUUUUCCAUUGUUAACACGAAAACAAGUGUUUUGUUACGAGUACUUAGAUUGUUGGGAUAAAUUAUCGAAAACGAAACUGCCUGAAAAACAUUAUUUUUAUAGUAGUCUGCACGAUGAACACAUAUCAGACGAAGAUUAUGCUCACGCUAAACUAAUAUGGGAUGAAUUUUCUAUUAAAAAUUUAAGUGAUUACGCCCUGUUUUAUUUGAAACUCGACGUAUUGCUUUUAGCUGACUGCUUUGAAAAUUUUAGAAAUCUGACUAUGAAGUAUUAUGGACUCGAUGCUGCCGGUUUUUUUACAGCACCUGGCUUAUCAUGGGCUGCUGCUUUGAAAAUGACACAAAUUAAACUCAGAUUAUUCACAGAUAUCGAUAUGACCCUUUUCAUUGAAAAAGCUUUAAGAGGUGGUAUAUCACAAUCUAUAUGUCGAUAUUCAAAAGCCAAUAAUAAGUAUUGUUCGUCAUAUGAUCCAAAUUUGGAUACUAAAUAUCUAAUUUAUUGGGACGUAUGUAAUCUUUACGGAUGGGCACAGUGCCAGAGUUUACCAUACGAUCAUUUUAGGUGGUUAGAUAAUUUCGAAAUUGAAAGUCUAGAUAUAAAUACAUGCUAUGCAAACACUGCUGAUAAAUGUUGUAUUUUAGAAGUUGAUUUGGAAUAUUCGCAGUCUCUUCAUGAUUUACAUGAACAAUUACCAUUUUGUUGUGAACAUCAGAUGCCUCCUAAUUCGCAAAAUAAUUCAGAGAAAUUAUUAUGCACUUUAUGCGACAAAACUAAAUACGUAAUUCAUCUUGAGAACUUAAGACAAACAGUGCAUUUCGGUACAUAUAGGUUACAGGUAUAUGUAUUAUAA